AUGUACCCCGAAAUGCAUCCUAUGCUGAUACGCAAUGAAAGGCUGGCUGGGCAGUGUCUUGUUGAUGUUGACGAGCGUCAGGGGUAUGAUAAUACGGCAAGUUUGGUGGAACAAACACCGGAAGGCUUUGUUCGGUAUGGCGGACCUGUGUCCCGGAAUUGGCAGCUGUAUAGAGAAGAUGAGGAAGGCCCAGAAGGCUGGAACCCUGGUGCACCAAACGGACCAGUGGGCUAA